AUGUCGAUAUCCUCUCUAGAAGUGUUCUCUACGGAACCUUUCCUCAUUGGAAUGUUCACAGCAGAAGGUUCCUCCUCUGGACAUUACACAGAAACCCACUCGGAGGAAUACCUCAUCGCCGUGGGCGACAACAAUGUCACAUGGCCAGUCUGCACUUAUAAGGAGGAUUUUAAACGCUUCCUACUUCCUGCCGUCUACAGUGUGGUUUUCCUGAUUGGUCUGCCUCUGAAUGGGGCAGUCAUCUUGAAGAUCUGGAGGUCACGACCCAACUUGACCCGGAGCAACGUCUACAUGCUCAAUCUGGCCACGGCUGACUUCCUGUAUGUGAUGUCACUACCUCUGCUCAUCUACAACUACGCCAGUCAUGACUACUGGCCCUUUGGAGAGCUGGCCUGCAAACUGGUCCGCUUUCAAUUCUACAGUAACCUGCAUGGUAGUAUCCUGUUCCUGACCUGUAUCAGCCUCCAGCGCUAUGUGGGCAUCUGCCAGCCUAUGGCCGGCUGGCACAAGCAGGGGGGUCGCAGGCUGGCACGGGUGGUCUGUGGGGGUGUGUGGCUGGUGGUCGCCCUCCUCUGUGCCCCCACUUUCCACUACGCCUCCACAGGAACACAACGUAACCGCACCGUCUGUUACGACCUGAGUCGACCGGAGCACUCGGCUGACUACUACCCCUAUGGGAUGGCUCUGACCUGCCUGGGCUUCCUGUUGCCUUUUAUGGGCGUGGUGGCGUGCUACUGUCGCAUGGGUCGCCUCCUCUGCCGCCCGCCAUCCUAUCAGGGCGCUACCAUGGCAGCCUCAAUGGAGAAACGGGACAAGGCGGUGAAGAUGAUAGUCAUCGUGGUGACGGUGUUCGCUGUGAGCUUCCUGCCGUUCCACCUUACUAAGACCAUGUACCUGUUGGUACGAACCUUACCAGGUGCUCCGUGUGCUACACGGAACCUGUUCUCAGUAAUCUACAAGUGCACCAGGCCAUUCGCCAGCAUGAACAGUGUUCUAGAUCCUAUACUGUUCUACUUCACACAGCCACGGUUCCGCAGGAGCACCAGAAUACUGAUUACCAAGAUCACCACUCUCAGAGACAGGGAACCCAGUGUCACCAAGAUCAGAGAGCUUUUUGGGGACAGGCACAGAAAGAAGCACCGGUCCACCUCUGAUGCAGAGGAUUUAAAAUCUGCUGACCACCUCCAGCACUUCACCAGCUCCAAAGAGAACUCUGUAUCAGACAGAAGCGACAGGCAGUCUCUCAACAGCCCAACCCCUGAAGCCACUAGCCUCUCACUGUCAGACAGACACUGCAGCAGGGCUGCGUCCCUGGGCAGAGAGAGGAGAUACCAGGGCAUGGACUCAGCCUUUCACCCUGACCAGCACUACUCAGACGAGGCAGAGAUUGAGCCAGCCAGCACUAGUAUUAGUAGAAGUGGUAGGUUCCUUAGGGUGGCGCAGCCAUCAAACACGCACAGAGCCCACAGCCCCAGCAGUGGAGGAGAGGGGCCUGAGACCCGGACAUCUAGUCUGAACUCUGACCCUCCACCCUCUGUCCUAGCUGCUGCCCCCACCUCCCCACCUCGGAGCAGCUCCAGGGGCCUCUCCUCCUCCUGUGUCUGCCCCUCUGUAGAGCAGCAGCAGAGCCAGGGGGCCGGGCAGCCCAUGGAUAGUUUACAUUCCUCACAUAGCUCCUCCAGACCGGUGGCCCCCUCCUCUGAUAGAGCUUCAGCCAGGGCAGCCAUCACAGCCCGCUGGAGGUUCAGCUCAGGAGACGAAGAAGAGGAGUACCACCACCGAGCAGGAGGAAGGAGUGCUCCCUCGUUAGGUGUCAGCGGAAGUUACCUCUCCCGCGGUAAGAAUGGUUGGUGGGGUGGGAAGGUCCUCGGAAGGUCUUCAGGCAGUGAAGAGGACAGCCCUGCGUCACUAGGACCUAGCCGAGACACCAUGAGACGCCGUUCACUGAGGAAGAAGAAGAAGAACAGUGAAGUUGCCAUAGCAACGGGACGAGACAAUGGUGAAUCAGACGACAGCGACGACGAGCAGACAGGUACGAUGGAACACCUGGAGAGACACCAACAGAACACCGCCGCCACUACAGAACAGACUGGUAGCUCUCGGAACCGGCUCAGAGAACCCGAAGGCUCUAGAAACGGUGCAGCGCAAAGGGGACGCAAUUACACUCCUAACCAGAUGGUAGCGCAGGAGAGCUACAGACGCCAAUACACCUCAGGCGGCCCGGGGACAUCAUCUCCCUUGACCACGCCCCUCACAGGGGUAUCACGGGUGUCAAAGGUCAACAUCUCAUCGUUUAUUUCGAGUCCCGGCAGCUCGCAGACCAGCAGUAGAUACUGUAGCACAGAGACACUGAAAGAAGAGGACCAAGCUAGCUAUGCUAACAGAAUGGCUAACACUACUACUACUACCACCCCAGGCAGUGUGGUUGGUGCAUCCUCCUCCAUGCUCAGUAAGACCUACCACGGUAACUUCACCAUGUACCGCUCCCCCAGCUUCGGACAUGGGGAUAACUUAUCCCGCGCCCCUGCGAGAGUCUGCCCCCACCUUCUUCCCCCUGUCAAUCCACCAUCUCCAGCCACAGGGGACACUCGAGGGGUUACUAGGGAGGAGACUACAGUGUUCCGGCGGUUGAUAAGUGGUGGCGUAGUCGGGGAUAAGGACAGGAACAGGAUGUCAAUGUCAAACCCGGAUAUCACUUCGGAAACAAUGUCCCUCCUCAGCUUCCUGAAAAGUGACCUAUCAGAGCUCAGAGUUCGGAAGACGGACAGGUCAGGGGUUACUGAGGGGUCAUCUGCGGUGUACAGGAUGGGGUCAAGAGGUCUCCACCCAGGACUCCGCCCUUCAUUAAAGGACCUCACUGCAACUCUUCGACGCGCCAAAUCCUUCACUUACUCUGAUAAACCAGUAGGGAGGCAACAUCCAGCCGAGUCCUCGGCCAAAAGAAGCUCUUCUGAGCAACGUCUGGAUUUAGACGGAGAGCGUGAUGGAGGGAGGGGGGCGGUGCCUGCCAGAGAGGUGGAGAGUGACGGAGGGGACUGCAGAGCAGGUGGAGCAGGGGGUUAUGGGGAUGAGGAAGUGAUGCCCACUCCGCUGCAGGACAGGUGUGUACAGGAGGCCAGACAGGUGAUCAGAGAUAUCUGCCAGAUGAUCGCUCGCAAGGAUGAUGAUAACGAGGAUGAUGUGCUAGCGACAGAUUCCACUGAGGAGGAGGGUUUCAAAAGGAAACAAGUGGAGGAGCAGGAGAUAAAAGAGAGGGAGGGGAGAGCUAGAGAGACUGAGGUUGACAUUGGGGCAGCCUCCAUUUCAGGGGAACAAGAGAAGAGGGAGGGGAGAGCUAGAGAGGCUGAGGUUGACAUUGGGGCAGCCUCCAUUUCAGGGGAACAAGAGAAGAGGGAGGGGAGAGCUAGAGAGACUGAGGUUGCCGUUUCAGGGGAACAAGAGAAGAGGGAGGGGGAAUGUGAAACCAGAGAAAAAGAGAAGUGCCUACAGAAGGGAGAUUCUGAGGAGAACGUGUUUUAUGACCGAUCUGUUGAUGAGCUAUCGGGUCACGAGUCAAGCCUCACAGACGAGGGCAUAGUCACAGAACCAGAGACUGGACCUGGUGACCCUGAGAGGUUAUUUGUGGGGUCAAGUUUAGGAUCAUCUUUGGCCAGAGAUGUGCUGGGUCAACCCCUGACCAUCUGGAAGCAGUCUGCUCUGCAUGAGGAGAAAUGGCCAGAGUUAAACGAGGGAAUGCGAGAGGGAUCAGGGUUACACGCAGGAGUGAGAGAGAAACGAGAGAACCCUGUCUCUGUUCCUGCUCUUGGGACUGAGACUGAGAGCAUUGAUAUAGUAACAGAGAUGAGCAGCGUCAACAACAACAGUACUAGUGGGAGGACUAAUGUAUCCCACAGUGCCUCAGCCCCAGGACUUGAGGCUCCUCCCACUCCGAGCGCUAUCCGCCGCCGCCGUAAAUUCUCCUCAGCAGGGAACACAGGCUCUGACUCCAGUAACGGCAGCAACGGGGAGUCGAACGGGGAUCCUACUGUUUACCGUUCGCUAAGCGACCCCAUGCCUCACCGGUGCCACUCUGUGUCAGAAGAAGGGAAUAACAGUUUCUCUGUGGAUAGUAACCUGCUGGGGUCGCUCUCUCUCUCCUCCAAGGGGGCAGGAGGAGUAGGAGGUGGAAGUGUCCCAGAGUCGUCCUCUGCAGCUGAUCUAUCAGAGUGCACGGGCAGCGUGACCAGCGACCUAUCGGUGUGCAGUGACGGUAGUCUCCGUGACGAUAGUCUCCGUGACGACUACAGCAAUGUGAUCCGGAGCAUUGUUGCAGAGCCAGGAGCAAUGGACAGAUUGAUGACGGAUGACAAAAACAACGGGAAAGCCACGAAGAAGAAGUCCUUCUCGGACCCCAGUCGCCGUGGUGAUGGCCACCUGCUUGACGAAUUAGGGUUCAAAAGUCACCAUCACCCCAACGAACCAAUCAGUGAGCUGGAUCAGCUUGGUCAGAUCCCGCCCUCCAGCAGUGAGCCAAUCCUGAGUGAGCAGAGAGACGAGCUGUGGGAGCUCGGAGACGAACGUGGACGUCCAUUACGUAGUCGCCUUGUCAACAAUGAAGGUGGCAAACUCCGCUCCCAAUCAGAAAGGGAGCUGCACUCCUGUCUCUAUGCUGAUGACACAGAUGGAGGGGGAGGAGGGCAGAUAUUGAACUUUGACCCCAAACUUGCGGAGGUUCUAUCUCCCAGAAUGGGCCGGCGGGCCUCCAGGAAACGCCCCAACCGAGUCGCGCAAACAGCAUCAGAGGAGCUGGACCACUCGGAACCAGGUCCAGAAGACCACGGUCCAGAGGAGAGCCAGGAUCAAGACCAGACUGAGCUCAACCCCCCACUGCCCCCACCCCCCCCCAAAUCCAAAGCCAGGUCCAAGCACGUCCGCCAUGCCAGCGAACCUGCCACCUUCAUCCCCAUCUCCCCACCUCCACAGCCCCAGCGUGCACAGGCGGACCCGCCUGCCCUGCUACCCGCCUCUGAACCCUCCAUCCUGGGUAAGCCCACUGGUGAGGAGGCCCCCUCCCUGGAGGAUGUGACCAAGCGGUAUAUUCUGGCUCUGAAUGCUCCUGGGGGCGAGGGGGAGCCGUCUGGGCCUGGGUCUGGUGUGCCUGUUUCAGACGGGUCCAACUCCAGCCCUGCUACUCCCACUGGUGCCAGAGAACCCAGACUGCAGAGGAAGAGCAGUGUAGAGCUGACCACACCAGCCCCACAGAGAGCCAAACCCAGAGUGGAUAUGAGAAGACAUGUCGUGAUGACCCUCCUGGACACUGAGCAGUCUUAUGUGGAGUCGCUCCGGACACUCAUACAGGGCUAUAUGCGGCCUCUGAAGCAGCCAGACAGUGGAUCACUAGUUGAUCCCUCAUUGGUGGAUGAGAUGUUUUAUCAGAUCCCAGAGAUCCUGGAGCACCAUGAGCACUUCCUGGAACAGGUCACCGGCUGCAUCAGCCAAUGGCACGACAAACAGACCGUGGGUCAGCUGCUUAUCCAAUCGUUUUCCAAAGAGAUUCUUGCUAAUAUUUAUUCAGCAUACAUCGAUAACUUUCUGAACGCCAAAGACGCAGUGAGGAUCGCAAAAGAGGCCAAGCCAGCAUUCCUCAAGUUCCUGGAGACCAGUAUGCGUGAGAACAAGGAGAAGCAGGCCCUGGGUGAUCUGAUGAUCAAGCCUGUCCAGAGGAUCCCCCGUUAUGAGCUGCUGGUCAAGGAUCUGUUGAAGCACACUCCUGAGGAACAUCCAGACCACCCGUUGCUAUUGGACGCCCAGAGAGACAUCAAGCGAUUGGCUGAGAAGAUCAAUAAGGGGCGUCGCUCUGCAGAGGAGGUGGAGAGAGAGACACGCGUCAUGCAGGAGAUAGAAGCCCACAUCGAGGGAGUAGAACACGUCAGAGAUAUCCUUAACCCAAUGAGGAAGUUCCUGAGACAGGAGAUGGUGAUGGAGGCGAAGACCGUGGGGGGUAAGAAAGACCGCUCUCUCUUCCUCUUCAGUGAUCUGCUCAUCUGCACCACCCUAAAGAGGAAGUCUGGAUCCCUGAGACGCAGCUCCAUGAGCCUGUACUCUGCUGCCAGUGUGAUCGACACUUCCAGUAAAUAUAAGUUCCUGUGGAAACUUCCCCUAGAGGAUGUGGAGAUAGUGAAAAGCCCCUCCCAGGCAACCAACAAAGAGACCAUCCAGAAGAUGAUUGGUCGACUGGACGAGGACCUGAGUACACUGGGACACAUCAGCAAACUAUCAGAGACUCUCAGCUUCCCUCACCAGUCUCUGGAUGAUGUGAUAAAGGACCUGAUGGUGGCGGUCCACAGGGAGCUUGCAGAGAAACAGUCUCUAGCCUUCAGUAUGACCUUCCUGCCCACCAAGCUGGAGCUGACCACCGCCUCGGCAGAAACCAGCUUCGUGUUUGAGUUCAGCUCCCCAGACACACGCAGCAACUUCCAACAGGCCUUCGAAGAUGCCAAGAAGCAACUGGCAAUGAAUAAGGACCAGUGGGACCCAGAGUUCCUGAAGGCUAUCCCCAUUAUGAAGACUCGUAGUGGGAUGCAGUUCUCCUGUGCCUCCCCCAGCCACAGUUGUCCAGAGAGCAGCAGUGAGGUGUGGGUGUGUAACAGUGAUGGUUACGUGGGCCAGGUGUGUCUGCUCAACAUCAGAGACCAGCCCACUGUAGAGGCCUGUAUCGCUGUCUGCUCUGCCAGGAUCAUCUGCAUUGCCGCGGUCCCUGGACUCAAGGGGAGGGAACGUGGAGUGGACCCCUUCCCUGCCCCUCCACGUGUAGCUGUUGACUCCACCCCAUCCCAGCAGCAGCAGCUACACAUCUCCAUUUCUCAUUCGUCGCUGCAGCUGACCGAGCCCCCUUCAGGGGCGGGGCCAGAGUUAGUUCCGUUUGACAGUGAUGACACGGACGAUGAAGAUUCUCCUAGCCCCUCCUCCACUCUGCAGAGCCAAGCCAGUCACUCUACUGUGUCGUCCAGCUAUGGCAAUGAGGAGGGGUCUGGUUCUAAGGACAUGGCUACAGAGACCACCAGUAGUGAGGAGGAGCAGGGCUACCCAGAGGCCAGUCCUUAUGGAGCUCCAGGCAGGCCCGGGGUGGGUGGAAGAGGUCGACCCCACAGCGAGAGCCCCAUGGACGGGAGAGCGAUGCGCCGCUCCUCCCGGGGAUCCUUCACUAGAGCCAGUCUGGAGGAUCUGCUCAGCAUUGACCCGGAGGCUUACCAGAGCUCUGUGUGGCUGGGCACAGAGGACGGAUGUAUCCACGUGUACCAGUCAUCAGACAACAUCCGGAACCGUAAGAACAGCAUGAAGAUGCAGCAUUCUGCCCCCAUCCUGUGUGUUCUCUACCUGGACAACAAGGUGUUUGUGUCCCUGGCCAACGGAGAUGUGAUCGUCUACCAGAGGGAGGCGGGGAGUUUCUGGGACGCCCAGUCAUCUCAGACGUUGAGUCUGGGCACGCCCAGUAGUCCUGUCACUAAGAUGGUCCCGGUCGGAGGGAAGCUGUGGUGUGGUUCACAGAACCGCGUUCUCAUCGUCAACACAACCACACUGGUGCAAGAGCACUGGUUCCAGGUGGGCACAGACAGCAGUAGGUGUGUUACCUGCAUGGUGAGCUACGGCCAGGGGGUGUGGCUGGCGCUCCAGGGUAGUGCCCAGAUCAGACUUUACCACGCCCAGACCUGGGAAAGCCUGACGGAGGUGGACGUGGCUCCCGCCGUGCACAAGAUGCUUGCAGGUUCAGAUGCGAUCAUCCGGCAACACAAGGCAGCGUGUCUGAGGAUCACAGCUCUCCUGGCCUGUAAGGACCUGCUGUGGAUCGGGACCAGUGCAGGGGUGGUCCUGACCCUGUCUAUCCCAGCCGUCAGCUCUGGGACAGUGUCAGGGACGCUGCGGUCACCUCUGACCCCCAUGGGCUCUGCUCACGGACACACUGGCCAUGUGAGGUUCCUCACCUCCAUAGAACUACCUGAAGGCUUCGACGUCAACUUCCCCCUGCCCGCCGAUACCACAGGUAACCACGUCAACUUCCCCCUGCCCGCCGAUACCACAGCCCAGAGUGGUGUUGACGGGGGUAAUGGGGGUCUGCAGAGGCGGGACUCCUCUCAACGACGAGCCUCCGCCCUCCUGCCCGUCAAAACCAAUCAGCUGGUGAUCUCAGGUGGCGACGGCUACGAGGACUUCCGGCUGACCAAUAGCAGCAGUGAGACAGUGGGGCGGGACGACAGCACCAACCACUUACUGCUGUGGAGGGUCUGAGCCAAUCAGCCGGCCCCGUUUAUUAAAGCCCACCCUCUAAGCACCAGCAACAUACAGUACUGCCUUGGAGAGUCCCCUGACCCCUUUAAACCCCACCCUCAGCUGAAACCGCACACAAACCCCUCCUCUUUAAACCCCUCCCCCUUUUUAUUAGGUCCAGUUUUUUUUGUCCUUUGCUCAAUCUUCUGAUCUCUCUGUGCAUGGGUGUUGUUAGCCCAGACUGAAAAACUACAGGCUCACUUUAAACCAGGUUUCUGUUGUUUUAGUUUGUUCCGAUGCAACUGUGUGUGUUGUUAAUCGCUGAGUGGUGUGUGCUUGGUGUUUCGGCGUGAAUCACCCUCCACUUGUAUUGCUCAGUCUGUGGACUUCGUGUCAUAAUGAAACUCUACAGAAUUUACUUAGAGAGAGGGAACAAGAGCGAGAGAGAGUGAGAUAUUGGGAGAGCGAGAGUGACUGGAGAAAAGAGGUUAGAUGAAGGAUAUGGAGAGAAAGCAAGAAAGAAAGAGAGAAGGAAAUAGAGAGGGAAAGACAGUAAAGAGAGUGUGGAUGAGGACAGACCGAUCAGGUGAAGGAUAAGAAGAGAGAGAGAGAUUGAGGCAGACAUGGUGAAAGGCGAGUGAUGGGAAGAGGAUUGUGGACUCUGCAACAAGCCGACUGAUGGACUGACGGAAGUAACAAUGGAACAAGGAGUUUGAAGAAGGGCCUGAGGACGGGGGUCAAACAUCCAUCUUUGGAUUCCUCUUUUCGGCCCACACCAUGCGGACACUCCAUCCUAGGGAGGAGAGGAGAAAGGGAUGGAAAAGGGAGUGAAGGAGACCUAAGAGUAACAUUAUAAAAGUAACCAAUGUGCAAUAUAUGGCAAGGGUACCUACUAAAACUAUACACAAACACACACACACACACUUUCUUCACUCGUUUGACAAAACACAGCUCGUCUCUCCGUAGCCUAUGACUCACUCAUACAUACACCUCUUUCUCACCUUAAUCACUUUUGUGUUUGUUAUUAUUUUAAAGAUUUGUUGUAUUUUAAAAGAGCUGAAGCAGCAUCGCACCACUACAGUGAAGUGUGUUUUAAAACAUUUCUUUUCGAGGUCGUAGUAGAGAAAUGUUUGUACAGUAUUUAUGUUUUUGAUUUGAGCUUUGUAUUUUUUACAGCGCUUAAUUUAUAGAUGUCUUUUUCUCUCUUUCUUUGCCUCUAAGAGAUUGUGAUUCACAAGAGCUCUGACACACACACACAAACACACACACACACACACACACACACACACACACACACACACACACACACA